CGUACGCACAAAACUGGGCUGAAAUUGGUGUACGUGACUUUCCACGCCAAGGUUGUGAUCUAUAAAAAACCAACUUGGCGGGAAAAUGUGCGCAGCCCUAAGCAAACUCUGACCCAUGCGUACGCAUGGUUUGGAGGAAAAGGAGAUUUGGCGACACAGAUGGUGGGGUGGUGAACUGAAGUCAGACUGAAGAAAUGUAGAGGGAGUAGAACGAUUAUGUUUUAUCAUCCCCCUUCCUAAAUUGAAUUUCAACCCGUAUCAUGUGUUAAAUCAUAGUAGGGCCUAAUCAGAAUAAUUUUAGCCAACUGCGUUAUUUCUCAGUUAUAACUCCAGAAACAUCUCCUUAGAAUCUAAAUUAAAAUUAAAAUUCUCUAUAGGCCUAUUUAAUCUCCACACUCCAUACUGUCCACUCCCGGAUCGCAGAAGGAGGAGAGGACGGCGCGACUCCAUGGAAUAAAGCAUCUGUCCAACAUGUGUCAAUAACCUAAUAUUUUUAUGUGACACGGUAAACACAUAAUCAAAAUCAAAUGUCAAUUAAAUCCCAAGUGUGGAAAAUCAAGCCACACCCUCAUCACAAUCGUUAUAUUAUAGUCCGUUCCUCUUGAUGCUUUUCAUGACAAAUCAGGCAUUCAAAAGGGGUUAUAUUCAAGAACAUUUUACGUGGAUGAUUACAAACUGAUUAACCAAGCUGUUCUCGGUCAGUCUUAUUACCGUAACCCUAUAAAUACAGCGGUGAGCCCAGUGCGUAAUGCUGCACCAUGGCACUGCUGGAGGACCAUGCAAAUGGCAUGAUUCGGAGGGAGAGGGUCUUCAGGGACCAUAACGACUUAUUGGCCCAUGAUGAUGACUGGCUAAUGAGCCGUUUUAGAUUCCCUAGAGCUAUGCUCUUGGAUCUAUGUGCUGAACUGGGUCCUGCAUUGGAAAGGGCAACACGUAGGAACCACGCAAUCCCGGUGCAGACGCAGGUCCUCACCACUUUGGGGUUCCUGGCAACCGGCUGUUUCCAACGGGAAUUGGCAGACAGAUCCGGUAUAUCACAGCCAUCCCUCAGUGCCCUAAUGCCCAGCGUUUUGAAUGGCAUCAUACAUAUGGGCAGUCGAUACAUAAGGUUUCCCUACACAGUGGAUGAACAGGCCGAGAUUAAAAGGCAAUUUGCAGCAAUGUCCGAUUUCCCAAACGUAAUCGGCGCAAUUGACUGCACUCAUAUUGCUAUAAGUGCUCCAUCUGAACAUGAGUUCGCUUACGUCAACCGCAAGCACGUGCACACUAUUAAUGUUCAAGUUAUAUGUGAUGCCCAUAUGAACUUCACAAACAUAGUGGCACGUUGGCCUGGUGCAACACAUGAUUCAUUUAUUCUGACGCACAGUAGUGUAGGGAACAGACUACAGGCAGGCGCGGGGCGGGAUGGCUGGCUUCUAGGGGACAGUGGAUACCCCCUGAGACGCUGGCUCCUCACCCCAGUUUUGAACGCGCAAAGCGCCGAGGAACAACGUUAUAAUGAGGUCCAUGGCCGUGCUCGUUCAGUGGUGGAGUGCGCCAUCGGCCUCCUGAAGUGCCGGUGGCGCGCUCUGGAUGCGUCGGGGGGGAGGCUUUUAUACCAGCCUGCCAAAGUGUGCCGCAUUAUAAGGGCUUGCGGCGUGCUGCACAAUUUGUCCCAGAGGAACGGCAUCCCUCUCCCCCCCGACCUCCCGCCCCCCGAGCUUGACCCGGAGGCCCAGCCCCCUCCGAGGCAAGUCGGAUUUCAACAGGGUGCAAGAGUACGUGCGGAUGUCAUGCAGCGUUUAUGA